UCCAAUAUGGCGGCGGCCUUGAGGAGAGUCUGCGGCGGAGUUACGUCGAGAGGAUCAUCACUGAGCUUCUGUCAACAGAGACGACAGCUGACAGGUCGUGGUUUCCUGCCCCGCCCCCGGCCCCUCCCCAUUCUAAUAGUGACAGGUGGUGGUUACCUUGGUUACCAGCAUUAUCGAUGGAACAGCCCUCAGGAGGAUGGAGCUCCACCCCCAAUGGCCACACCUACACAGGUGGCGCUGUACCGGUCCUUCCCCACACGUUUCCUCUCCAGGGCGUGGGGUCGUCUCAACGGCGUGGAGCUUCCUACCUGGCUGAGGAAACCCGUGUUCACUCUCUACAUCUGGACCUUUGGGGUCAACAUGAAGGAAGCAGCUGUGGAAGACCUCCAUCACUACAGGAACCUGGGAGAGUUUUUUAGACGAAGACUUAAACCAGCAGUCAGACCAGUCUGCGCCUCCUCCUGUCUGAUUUCUCCGGCUGAUGGGCGGAUCCUUCACUUUGGUCGAGUGAAGAACUCGGAGGUGGAGCAGGUGAAGGGGGUCACCUACAGUCUGGAGAACUUCCUGGGUCCACAGAAGAGGCAGAGCAGUGACUCGUCGUCUUUCAGGGACCUCCUCCUGUCAAGUCCUGAUAAUGACUUGUUUCAUGUGGUCGUCUACCUGGCUCCAGGUGACUAUCACUGCUUCCAUUCGCCCACAGACUGGAGGGUGGAGCUUCGUCGUCACUUCCCAGGCUCGUUAAUGUCGGUGAACCCAGGUGUGGCUCGUUUGGUCAAAGAGCUUUUCUGCCUUAAUGAGCGGGUAGCCUUAACGGGCCAAUGGCAGCAUGGCUUCUUCUCAUUAACAGCUGUGGGAGCAACAAACGUAGGCUCCAUCAGAGUUUACUUUGACCAGGAUCUUCAGACGAACGUUCCUCGCUACAGUAAAGGCUCCUUUCAUGACCGCAGUUACGUCACCAAGGAUGACCAGGAGGUGAAGGCAGGAGGUGAGGGGGGUGUGGCCUCAGUGAAUGGAGGUGGCGUGGCCUUACAGAAAGGGGCGCCUUUGGGCGAGUUUAACCUGGGCUCCACCAUCGUUCUGCUCUUUGAAGCUCCAAAAGACUUCACCUUCAACCUGCAGCCAGGACAGCGAAUCAGAGUGGGCGAGGGCCUCGGUGGCCUCUGAUUGGCCAAGCUGCAGACAGCUGUGGGGGGUGGGGGGGCUGGUAAAGUGGAGGUGCUGGAGAGCUCGAGAGAUGAACUUUGAACUCAGUGGAUUUUCUUUCUGUUUGACAGAGCAGCAGAGGAGGCCAGAGCUGUUUUUUAUGACAAUGACUCAAACUCCCAGGAUGCCUUGUUCCUCAUAAUGAGGAAAUGCCAAAUAUCUUAUCACCUGCUUUUUCUCUUUUGUCUGUCCCACAACCAGAAACCUUUAACACGGCACAAACAGUAAUAAUUAUCAACAACACUGAUCAAUAACAGUUAUAAGUAACACUGAUCAAUAAGAGUUAUCAGUAACACUGAUCAAUAACAGUUAUCAGUAACACUGAUCAAUAACAGUUAUCAGUAACACUGAUCAAUAACAGUUAUCAGUAACACUGAUCAAUAACAGUUAUCAGUAACACUGAUCAGUAACAGUUAUCAGUAACAAUGAUCAAUAACAGUUAUCAGUAACACUGAUCAAUAACAGUUAUCAGUAACACUGAUCAAUAACAGUUAUCAGUAACACUGAUCAAUAACAGUUAUCAGUAACACUGAUCAGUAACAGUUAUCAGUAACAAUGAUCAAUAACAGUUAUCAGUAACAAUGAUCAAUAACAGUUAUCAGUAACAAUGAUCAAAGGAUCAAUCAGAAGAUAAUGCGUCCAGUCUGAAUGUUCUUUGUUUUUACAGAAAGCCAAUCACAGCUGUUAGCUCACACCUGGAGCAGCUGAUUGGUAGCAUGUGGCCUGUGAUUGGCUGAUUCCAUAUAAUUAUUGAUUACUUGAGCUGUUCCGUAGGAGAUAAAUGGUGACAAUACGUGUUGGACUGUUUUUGUUAAAUAUGUAACGAUAAAUAAAUAAUCCUUUGUCA